AUGGGCGACGACAGCAGCCCAGCAGAGCAUAUUGCGGCGAUGCAAGCCCUGGCCUCCCAAUACACUCGAGGGCUGCCCUCUGUCACCACCAGUGCUCUUCAAACCACACAAUCGCACAAGGACAUCCCCAAAACAAUCAUCCUCACCGGCUCCACUGGCUCCAUUGGAUCCUACUUACUACAUUUGUUCCUCUCAGACCCCAGCAUCUCGCACAUCUAUUGUCUAAACCGGCAACGAUCUCUCUCGCCCUCUCUCCCGGACCGCCAACGCCGGAUCCACACCUCGCGCGGUCUCACCACCACCUUUCCUGCAUCCAAAGUGACAUUUCUCCCCGUCGACCUCUCAGCCGCUUCCUUCUCUCUCCCUCAGCCAACCUACGAUCAUCUCCUAGCAACAGUCACCCACAUCAUCCACAACGCCUGGCCCGUAAACUUCCUCCUCCCAUUCUCCCAUUUCAAGCCCCAAAUCGCCGCGAUCAGAAAUCUCAUCAAUUUCUGCCUUCCCCCUCCGCAUCCGCAACCAGAACCCUAUUCUCGAAUCACAACGCCAAAGCUCUUCUUCACCUCCACCCUAGGCGUAGGCAUGAACCCUCUCGCACCCCACUGGCCAUCCUCCACGCACCUCCUUCCAGAGAAAAUCCUGCAUGAUUGGGACGCUCCCACGUACACCGGCUACGCACAGGCCAAAUUCGUCGCUGAGCAAGUCCUCGUCACAGCCGCGGAACGAUGUGGGCUGAGGGUAGAGAUCUGUAGAUUGGGGCAGAUCACAGGUCCGGUGGGACGGAAGGGGGUCUGGAAUCGAGGAGAGUGGUUUCCGAGUUUGGUACAGAGUUCGGUAUUUUUGGGGGCGGUGCCGGGGGAUCUGGGGGGCGGAGGACAGGGCACGGGGGAGAAAGCGGGGGCGGGGGAGUUGAGAUGGGUGCCUGUUGAUAUUUGCGCGAAAGUUAUGGCGGAGCUGGUCUUUCUUGAUGAAGACGGGGCAAGCGAUGAAAGGGACGAAGAAGAUUGGGUCAAUGAUUACCUUGGCGACAGAGCAUCCAGAUCUGAUCAGCUGGAAAGGAAAAAUGGGGUUAAGGUCUGGCACAUAGCUAAUCCCACACCCACAGAUUACCACGAGCUGCUUCCGGCAAUCAGGGAGUUCUUGCCAUCCACGACAAGAGUGGUGGGGUGUAGCGAGUGGGUAGAACUACUAGCGAAGUCGAUGAAUGAUCAGAAGCACAAUCCUGCGAAAAAGCUGUUGGUGCUGUUUCAGAACCUAGCGGCGAUGGGGGAAGCGGGGCUGAUAUUGCCUGGGCUUGAUACCGAGGAGACGGCGAAGAGGAGCAAGGUCUUGAGGGAUUUGGGACCAGUGAAGACGGAGUGGGUGGGGGCGUGGAUGAAGCAGUGGAGCUUCACGGGCGGAGGAAGGAGUAAGAUGUGA